AUGGCAUUGGAAACGUAUGCAUCACAAAACGCAGACAAAGUCCACACCGACGUCCUCUUGCAAGCUAGAGAAGCUUGCUAUAAGGCGCGUGAUGCAUUUUACGCAUGUUUUGAGAAAGAAUCGAACAAGAAACCAACCGAAAUUGCGUCCGUGGGACUGCUCUAUCCAGUGGAAUGCAAGAAAACUAGGGAGGAAUAUGUGAAUCAGUGCAGACCCACUUGGGUGAAGCAUUUUGACAGGCAAUACUGUGCUAAAAAGAGGGUUCAGAGGCUUUUGGAUGAUAACGAGUCCAGAAGAGGUCCUUUGUCACUUCCACAGGCUUACACUUUUAAACCCCCUAGUAAUUGA